AUGGACGCUGUCGAGGAGCUUGGGCGAGACGGUGACGAGAGGGACGAGAGGGACGCCCGUUGCUGGCCAUGUGAGGCGUUUGUCACCGACGAGGUGGCCACAUUGGCCUUGAGAGCAUUGCCCGAUGUCCUGAGGACAUUGCGGAUCGACUGGCGCGACAUUGGAGGAGGAGGAUCACGACCAAAGAAAACGAGAAUGUGGUGGUGGCGCUGGGUGGGGGAUGAGAAGGGGAAGAGGGUCGGGCGAGGGGUGGGUGGGUAA